AUGGAUUUUUCUGAGGGAUACAAUUCGCCGCAGAUACAAAGAAAGUUCUUAAUUCCGCUCGCGGAAAGUUUUAUUCAAACGGCUGAUGACCCUUCUUCUCUUCAAGAAUUCCUGGACUACGUUCUUAAAGACGGGAAAAAUAAUUGUCGAAAGGACAAUAUAAGAAAUUGGCGGAAAGAUGCGCUGAAAUGUUUGCAGUGCCCUUCUUAA